AUGUCGCAGCAGACGGCACCAUCGCCGCCGUCGCCGUAUCGACCGUAUAGGCAAGUGCGGGAGGCCGCCGCCGCCGACCCCGGUGCAGACCGCUGCAACCGCGUGCUCAAGGGGCACACCAACUUCAUCUUCAGCGCCAACUUCAACCUGCAGACCAGCUCGCAGAUUGCCUCUGGGGGAUUUGACUGUACCGUGCACAUUUGGGACGUCAAAAACGGCCGAUGCACCCGCGCCAUCGAAGCGCACUCCGAGCCCAUCACCUCCGUGCAUUUCAUUAGGGACGGAUCCAUCGUUGUAUCAGGAAGCCAUGAUGGGAGCUGCAAGAUUUGGGACGCCAAGACUGGGGCUUGCCUCAAGACGGUCAUUGAUGAAAAGAAGCCCACGGUGUCCUUCUCCAUGUUCUCGCCCAAUGGCAAGUUUAUCCUCGUCGCCAUACUGGAUAACUCACUGGAUCCGGGGAGAGAAACCAGCGGCAACUUACGUGGAUCGGGGUUGUUUGGUGGCUGCUGCGGCGGCGGCGCAGGGAUGGACCGGAAGCGCAUCAAGGACGCGCUCGAGAAGCACCUGGAGAGGUCGUCGCCGUCCACCUCCAGGGGCGUCGUGCCCAAGGAGAGGGAGCGCCUCGCUGCCGGGAAGCUGCCGGCGUCGCUUGACAAGGCGGACAAGGUGUCUGAUGGUGAGGAAUUUGAAACUGACAGUGAAGAUUCUGAUGUCAGUGGUUCUGAGGGAGAGGACACAUCCUGGAUUUCAUGGUUCUGUACAUUGCGAGGCAAUGAAUUCUUUUGUGAGAUCGAUGAAGACUACAUACAGGAUGAUUUUAACCUGUGUGGUCUGAGUAAUCAGGUCCCAUAUUAUGAUUAUGCACUUGAUCUCAUCUUAGACAUUGAGUCUUCUAAUGGUGAUGUGUUCACUGAGGAGCAAAACGAAUUAAUCGAGUCGUCUGCAGAGAUGCUGUACGGAUUAAUUCAUGCACGAUACAUCUUAACCAGCAAGGGUCUAGCUGCAAUGUUGGAGAAGUUAAAGAACUAUGACUUUGGUAGAUGCCCCAGAGUGUACUGCUGUGGCCAGCCCUGUCUUCCAGCAGGGCAAUCAGAUAUUCCUAGAUCGAGCACAGUGAAGAUAUAUUGUCCGAAAUGUGAGGAACUUAAUUAUCCAAGAUCCAACGAUUUAUAUUUUGACCACCCUUCAAAACUAUUGGCAUAUAUUUCUCUUGCAACAUCAUAUAUGUUUUCUCUGAUCUCCAUGCCAGCAGCCUGGUGA